AUGCCAGGCCUCUGGCAAGCGUCCAUCACCGGGCCCGUCAUCCCGGACGAUCUCUACAGCGUCAUACGCCCACCAAACACGCGUCACCUGAACUACCUCGAACGCCUCGAGAUUCAUCCCGAGGGGCCCCCUGUUGGCAACGCAGAACUCACUCCAGACGACCUCCUGACGCCCAAGCUUAGGGAACUUGCGCGGCAGCUCAAUAUCGACAAACGCUUCCGGCCCGUCGAGCAGAUGAGGGAGCUGCGGCCGUUCGAGAGGGGCCACUGGACACUCGACUGGGCCGGCUGGCGACCGACCUUGCGCGAGCGGGCGUGGCACUUCCUGACCGACUACAUCCUCGAAGGGUUCGCGGGGUGGGGCGUCUGGUGCACGCGCGCCGAGGACUGGUCGUGGCUGAGGGUCUACUGCUGGGGAUAUGUCGCCGGGCAUGUGUACCUCGCGCUUUACCUUGCCAGCGAGAGGGCUUUGAAGACGGACACGGCUCGGUGGGUGGACGGCGCCGGGGAGGUGAUUCUGGUUACCAACGGGCAUGGCAACUCCGAGUCAGGGGACAGCAUGGAGGACGGGGCGGACGAGUAG